UCUCUGAUUUCCCUGUCCGGCACUAACGAGAUUACUCAAAUGAAAAGAUUCCAACUUUAUUAUAAUUUAACCAAUCCACAUCGUUCCCAUCACCACCAUCACCGUUCCAGGAACCCUUCUAGACCCUUUUUCCCUUUUAAAAGGCUCCAUCACCCUCCUCUCCACCAUUCUCAAUUCAUCCAUCUUCUUCUUCUUUCUCCGUGUCUGUCUCUCCCUGUUUCUGGAAAUGGAUGCGACUUUCGCUCGCCUAGGCAUGAGGAUCGACCCCAGGUGGAUGACCCUCAAGUUCCUGAAGAGCCUUCUGUUCCAUGCCGAGCUCAUGCUGGUUUCUUCUCUCGCCCAUCUGAGUCUGAUCAAAUCUCGACAACGAGAACGAGCGGAGGAAGGCCAAGAAUCCCACUCGCAAGACCAGUCCUACAACACCGUCCUCGUGAUGGACGGCUCGACGCCGGCCCUCGUCCCCGUCCACGUCCUCGCGGCCCGGUUCAAGAACAAAGUGCCGGUCCUAGAGUUUAGCGAGCUUCUCGCCAAGAGGCGAGCACUGCACGGAGAUGGUGGAGAAGGAAGAAGGGGAGGUGAUCAAUGCCGGGAGAAGAUGUGCGCGGUGUGCUUGACCGGGAUCGAGGGGAGGGACCAGGUGCGAGAGCUGCUCAACUGCAGCCACGUCUUCCACAGGGAGUGCCUGGACCGGUGGGUCGAGGAGAACCAGGUGACCUGCCCUCUCUGCCGGUGCUUGCUCUUCCCUGCAGCAACCCCGAGGCGAAGAAUAAUCGCAGAAGCUUGCGACUGAAGACGAAGAAGAAGAUGGGAUCGAGUUGACUCAUUUUAUGAGCACUGGAUGAUUCCGAUUAACGUCAAUUGAUUAGGACAAGUACUCACGGACUUGCAGACUUGUAGUUUUGAACGAAUCAAGUUCUCCUCUC